AUGGGGGUCGAGGACAAGGGAGGAGGUUGUCGAUGUGGUUGGAAACGGAGACUGCUGCUUGGUAGCAGUGCUGCUGUCUAUCUGUUUGUCUGCUUGUCUGUCUGUCUGUCUCUGGGGAAGGGAAGGGCGGAGAGAGGAGACGAUGCGUCGUCGAUCGUGUACGAGAGGCGACGACAGGAGGACGGAUGGAGGUGGCGGCUCUGCUAUCGAUUGUGUGCUGGCUAA